AAAGCCAUCAUACGGUUCUGGCUCAGUUAUGAAACAUAAAUGAGGUAUUAUUUCGUGAAUUUGUGAACCUCCUAUCCACGUUCUUUAUAUAGAACAAGGUUAAAUAUACUACAAAGGUUCCCGAGGAAAGUUUUGUGGGAAAUCGAGCCAAGAGGAAAGGAGAGAGAGAGCGAUUUUUGGAAGCUCAAGUGUUCGAUAUGCACAGCUGUUUUCUCGUGAAAGCUUCAUGAUGACUGUCAAGGAUUCUUCAAUGGAGAACUAUAAUACCGUGUCGAGUUCGGACACCGCUUCGGUCAACGAAGAAGAAAAUGGCGGAAGCUAUUUGCCUGUAGUCAGCUUACAAGUUCGAGGACAGGAUCGUCAAGAGAUUGAAGACGACGAAUUCUUCCCUCUGUCAUCGUCCAAGUAUCGUUACUGCAAAUGGCAUGAACUGGAUGACAUGGACGUCAGAGGAAACAUGUUGAAAUCACCUCGAGURAGAAAAGCACCAAAAGGCUACAAGUUAGAAACAUUGCGUAAACUGGAACUUGAAGAAGGAAUGGGGAACUUUGAUGAUGAGGAAGAUAGACGUAUGCUGCAUGUUCCAUUAAAGAAAAACAAAAAUAAGAGAACAAACAACUUUAGAAAUAAAAUGGAAAACUGGGAAAACGCAGAGUCUGUAAAUUUAUCAUACCAAGAUCUUGGUCACCCCUUUCAAAAGAAGGAGUUUCUCAGAGUGCUACGGAGACUAAUACGAUGUGAACAAAUACAGCUCAUAGAAGAUGCAUUAACUGACCUAAGUAGUGUUGCCCUUCCAAGGUAUGCCAUGUUAUUAAAGUAAAGCGUGGAUUUCACUAGUGCAUAAGUAUAGGCAUAAGU